ACAGUGACAUUUUUGUCUCAUUCGUCUGUGCCGUGGUCUUGUUUGUGAAAAAUUGAAAAUUUUAUUUAUAGAAUUUGCUUCCUUUUAAUGUUUAUUACCACUCAAAUAGAAAAAAAGAUAUAAAAGUUAAUAACAAAAUACCUUUUAGAAUAUUUACCGCAAAAAUGUUUUGUCGUUUGAGAAAUAAUCGUAAGAUUUAUCUUACGUUUUCGAGAUCGUUAACUGAAAAAACCACUUCCAACGAGAAUUCCUUGCAAUAUUGUGCAAAUAUUGUUAGACAGUAUGAUUACGAAAAUUAUUUAGCGACGCUGCUAAUGACCAAAGCUUUGCGAUCUCCAGCAUUCGUUAUACGAGCCCUUAAUGCUGAAGUAGCACGUGUCCAGGAUCAAACAACAGAUCCACAAACCGCAGCAAUGAGACUCCAGUUUUGGCAUGAUGCUGUUAACUCGAUUUAUCAAAAUAAACAUUCAUCAAAAGUACCAGCUAAUCCUAUUACUCAAGAAUUGUAUAAGGUGUGUUUAAGUUAUAAAUUACAAAAGAGAUACGUUGAGAGGCUAAUUUCGUCAAGAAAUAGUCUCCUAAAAACAAAAUACUUUAAAACUAUGGAAGAAUUGGAAAAAUAUUCCGAAAACACUGUUUCAACAAUUUAUUACUUGCUCCUCGGAAUUGCUGGUGUCACAAAUGUAUCUGCAGACCAUGCAGCAUCUCAUUUAGGUAAAGCGCAAGGAAUAGCCAAUGUAUUGAGGUCUGUUUAUGUUUCUAAUUAUCAUAAGACAAUAUUACUACCAAUGGAUAUACUGAUGAAAAAUGAAGUCAGUCAAGAGUCUGUCUUGAGAGGAAACGACAAUGAGAAUAUAAGAAAUGUUAUCUUCGAAGUUGCUAGCAGAGCUAAUAGUCACUUAGAAAAGGCAAGAAGUAUUGAUGUACCAAAAAUUACAAAUCAAAUUUUUUUACCAGCCAUUGCAGUUGAUAAAUAUUUAACAAAACUUCAGGAUGCUAAUUUUAAUGUCUUUGACAAAAGUUUAUUGCAUGGUAGCCCUACAUUGCCUCUAUCUUUGUACUAUAGGAGACUUUUAAAUAAAUACUAAAUGUAAUAACUAA